UGGCAACGCCGGCAAACAGCUGCUUGUUACUUCAUCGGCGAUUUCGGUGUGCAAGUUGAAAAACAAAAUUUACUCGGUUAAUUUACAAUGAGAUCCCACUACCUGAGCCAGCUAGACACGGCCGACAAACUGUCCGCCGAGCCUUGGCCCGAAGACGCCACCCUCUACCAGCCAUAUGAAGCGGAACAGAUCCUGCUGCCGGAAAACGCCAGUUGCCUGGCCGUGAAGGCUUACCUGAAGAUGUGCAACCUGCCCUUCGGUAUUCGAUCCUGCGCCAACGCGGAGCACAUGUCGCCCGGCGGCAGGAUGACCAAGUUGCCCUUCAUCCGCGCAGGAGCAUUCAUCUUUGCCGAAUUCGAGCCGAUCGUGAACUUUGUGGAGCAGAAGGAACUGGCCAUUGGCAGCUGGCAGGACGAGGACGAGAAGGCCGACAUGCGCACCUAUGUGUCCCUGGUGGAAAACAUCUUCACCAUGGCGGAGCUGUACAUUAGCUUCAAGAACGAACGCGUCUACAAAGAGGUAACAGCGCCCAGGAACGGAGUCGUCUUUCCCUGGCCCCUCAAUCACAUGCAGAACUAUGGAAAGCGGCGGAACGCGCUGCGUCUGUUGAAGGUCUAUCAGUGGAACGACCUGGACAUCGACAGCGUCAUCGACAAGGUGGCCAAGUGCUGUGAGACGCUCGAGUACAAGCUGAAGGAGUCGCCGGAAACGCCCUUCUUCUACGGCGAUCAGCCCUGCGAACUGGACGCCAUCGCCUUCGGCCACCUCUUCAGCAUUCUGACCACCACGCUGCCGAACAUGGCGCUGGCCCAAACGGUGCAGAAGUUCAAGGACUUGGUCGAGUUCUGUCGCUUCGUCGAUGAGAAGUACUUUCAGACCAGGUGCCUGCCCAAUUAGUUAUACGUAGUCGUCGCCUUGAAUGUUUAUAAAUUUAGUUGCUCUUGUCUUUUCUUUUCAAUCGCUUAUUUAUGCAAUUCUAAAUGCCCUUAAUACCAAUCGUCGCCUUAAGUCACUUUUAUUUUUCUACUAGCAUUUAAAAAAAAGGUUAUUUUACUGAUUUUGCUGCCAUUAU